GCGGCGUCUCCCCGGCGUGCAAACACGCGUGUGUGCCUGGGGCGCCUGGCCUGUCGUGGGAAAGGACUCGGCGCCCUCCGCUGGCCGGGGCGAGCUCCUGGGCCUCUCCCCGCGGAGGUUCCCGGCGCUGCGGUCGCGCUGCUUGGGCGGGGAGGCAGGAGAGGCCUGUGUGGCGUGGAAGGCUUUGGCCUGGUUUCGCUUUUACAGACUAACGUGGCCACCCUCGGGGAUACGCACACGUGUCUACUGGACUGAAGGAGAUCUAAGAUGAAUACUGUAGUCAUGCAGUCCUCCCAUCAAAUUUUACAAGGAGAUAAGAACAUAUAUUAUAUCCUGACUGAAGACAUCCCUUAUGGGAGCAAGUUAUUCAUUGCAGGGAGUAUGUGUUACCUGAACGAACAGACGUAUCUGAAGCAAAUUAACCUGACAUUCAGCAACUACUGGCGGUUUGUCAUGGAAGAGGAUGGUACUGUGGCCACCAUGAAUGUGAACAACCUACAGCCUUUGAGCGACAAGAAGGCCAACUUCCUCUCAGCCAUCAGCAAUGUCCAUGAGCGGCUGGAUUGUUUUCUGGAUGGGCAUGUUCUCGAUGCCGCCAUGAAUGCCAAACCAGGCCAGCAGGUCUUUGUGGAGUGCAACCAGCAGACUCUCUUUGGCAUCGUCCGCUACAUUGGGCAACUUUCUAGGAACUCUUUGCCCUCUGGGCUUUGUCCAGUUUACUUUGGGGUGGAGCUGCAGGGUGAUGGUGAGGGCAAAGGCUGCUGCGAUGGCACCUACAAUGGGACAGAAUACUUCACGUGCAAACAGAAUUGCGGGCUUUUUCUGCCGUUUAACAAGCUGCGGUUCCUGCCAGCACUGGAGGAUGACGAGGAGAAGCGGGAGGCAAAACCCGAUGCGGCUGGGGCAGUGCCAGUGAAAGUGGGGGACGCCGUUGGCUUCUACCUGGAUGACCACCUCACGCGCGGCGUAGCAAUGGAUGUAUACCAGGAGAACGGCACCUGGAUGGUUCAAGUCUGUCCGGAGGAAGAAGGAUUCACAGAUUUGUUCCGAAAUAUUCCCCUGGAUUCUGUGGUAAAGGAAGAGCUGCUGUCCCCAGGAUUUGAAAUAGAUUCAGACUGUGGGCUCACAGAACAGCUGCAGCGCCGGAGAAGCGAUCGUGGAGAGGACUGGGAAGUAAGGCCAGCGCUCAGUGUGAACUCCGUGGUACUAAUAGAGUUAGACAAGGGGAAUCCAGUCACAGGAACCAUUCGCUGGAUUGGCUGCCUGCCUAAAAUGCCACAGAAAAUGGCUGGGAUCGAGCUGGAUGACGAGAAGGGCGUUUGCGACGGAGAGUUCGAGGGAGUGCGCUACUUCACCUGCCCCCCGAAGCGAGGGCUGUUUGCGGCACUCGAGUCAUGCCAGCCAGACAUGCGCUUCCAGUGCAGCGGCCCCCGCUCCCUGGAGUCCGUGGAGCUGCGUGGCUCGGAUGCCGCAGUGGUGCAGAGCAGCCUGCCCCCUCUCAGAGAUGACAUGGCCAUGCGCGUCCUGCAGGGGCGCAUGAGAGGCAUCCAGGGCCACUGCAACUCCUGCUACAUGGACGCGGCCCUUUUCAGCCUCUUCUCCUGCUCCUCCGUGUUGGAUUCCAUGCUCUUCAAGCCGCCCCCUCCGCACAACGGGCACAUCCAGGAGAUCCUCCGGGACAAGAUAGUCAACCCCCUCAGACAGAACGGCUUCGUCGCUGCGAAGAGCGUGAUGGGCCUUCGCCACCAGCUGACCGAGAAGGGGCCGUGCUCCAGCUUUGCCACUUCCGAGAAAGAUCCUGAGGAGUUUCUGAAUCUCAUUAUGCACCACGUCCUUGGCAUGGAGCCACUGCUGAAGCUCCAGUCCGGGAAGCUGAAGGAGCAAGACUGCUACUGCUACCAGAUCUUCAUGGACAAGCAGGAGGACCUGGUGGUGCCCAGCGUGCAGCAGCUGGUCGAGCACUCCUUCCUCUCGUCGGACCUCAAGCUGGUGGAGAUUCCAUCCUGCUUUAUCCUUCAAAUGCCUCGUUUUGGGAAGGAGUACAAGAUGUUCAGCAAAAUCGUCCCUUCCCUGGAGUUGGACAUCACGGACCUGCUGCUGGACGGUCCCCGGGAGUGCUUUGUGUGUGGAGGCAUCGCCACCUGGGAGUGCUCGGCGUGCUUUAAGGACCGGAUGUUCGCGCACACCGGGCUGAAGCAGUACUGCGACUCCUGCUGCGCUCAGGCUCACUCGCACUACCAGCGGCGGUCCCACCGGCCGACCAGGCUGCGUGUCCCCGAGGAGUUCUGCAGAGCAAGGCGGGCCAGCGGGCUGCAGGUGCCUCGCGAGAAGCUGGAGCUCUUCGCCGUCCUCUGCAUCGAGACCAGCCACUACGUCUCCUUCGUGAAGUAUGGGCCGGAGAUGGGGCACUGGAUGUUCUUCGACAGCAUGGCGGACCGGCACGGGGACGAGAACGGCUACAACAUUCCGAAGGUGUCGCCCUGCCCAGAGGUGGCCAGGUACCUGGAGAUGCCAGUGGCCGCUCUGGCCAUGGAGCAGCCCCGGGAGAUGGGAGUCGCCAAGCGCCUCUUCUGUGACGCCUACAUGUACAUGUACCAAAGCAAGAAAAUGUCGCUCUACAGAUGACUCGCGGCCGCUUCAUGCCACCAGCAGCUCCACAGAGGGGAAGGGGCUGGGGCUUUUCCACGGCUGUGCAUUCCACGCUGUUUGCAGAGGUGCCUUUGGGGUAAGCAGCUCGGGGGGGUGGCAUUUGCUUCGGACGGCUGGGGAUAGCAGACGGUCUGCCAACGGAAACUUCUCAGCCAUGUGGGAACAACAUUAACAGAAGAGCAUUCCUGCCACGCCCUCUCAGUUCCCACGAUUUCCACAGUGAGCCUUCUGCAGGUGUUCCUGGCACGGGGAUGUCCCGACCUCCCGUGGAACCGUUCUGGAAAGCAGGCCCGAGGCCUGGCUUUGAUGCUGAUCCAGGAAGAAGGCUUGCCCACCACUUCCUGCCUUACUUUAAAUCCAAAACUCAGCGAGACCCCCUCUUCCUCCUCCUCCCAGUGAGGAGGUGGGAACUUAAUGUCUCAGGGAAGCAAGUAGUAACUGUUCCUGCUUUGCACCUUGCACCUUGGCCCCAUGGUGCCUCUAAUUGCCCUAUGCACAUGGCAGGCACUUUUGACUUCUGCAGCCCCCAAUCUAGAUGGCCACCCAGGGGCUUCGGAUGGAAUCUUGCGAUGAUCAUGUUCCAGACCUGGACGUGCACUUGCACCCGAAGGUGGCGGCCAGGAGAGUGCGCCAGCGCCCGUCCUGAGCACCUGGGGGGCCGAGAGGGGAAGCAGCGCGUGAAGGCGCUUGUCCUGCCCCAGAGCUUGGACAGCGGCCUUAAUCCAGGCAAGAGGAUCAAGAGAGCCCAGCUCUGGGUUUUGAUUUUUCUUCUCCCGGAGGCAGUUUGCCUCUAGGGCAGGGUCUCCUUUGGCGUUUUCUAGAUACCACGAUUCCCCCACUCAGGUCAGGGGAGGGAUUCUUGGCAAUUCACCUCUCAUCGGUUAGACUGACCUUCUCUUCGAACGGUGGUUCUCUCUUCUCGGCUGGGCUUUGUUAUUUCAAGCAAUCUCUUGCGUAUUAAGUUAACAAAACAGUAAUUUAAGGCCCACAUAUAUGCUCCACAAAACAGAUUUCCCCCCCACCAAAUCAACCCAAACAUAGUUUCCAUCAUUUUCUGCCUAGUAGAGGGUGCAAUAAAAUUACGGUGAAGAGGGAAAAGUGCCUUAUGCACGUGGCCACAAGCGGUAGUUUGGGGAUAGCGCUUCUUCCUGCUAUUUCCCUAAAACGCCUCAGAAAUUAUACGCAGUGUAGGUACUCCAUCCCUUUUCAGAGCCACUGCUUUGGGAAGAGAAACGGUGUAGCAGUGAGAUCCAAAGAUUGCCUGCCUGCCUUUUGGGCUCCUAGAAGCUGGAAACUUGGCACAAUUAAUGCAAGUUAUGCUUAUUUGGUAGCAGAUUGGGUGUCCUUGCGACUGUCCCAUUUCAUUGAGAUGACGAGCAAUUGGAAUUCUGCAAUAAUUCUAGAAUCUUGCUGGUCAGUUUUGCUGUGUAAUGAUUCUGUUUCUCUACAGUAUUUGCUGUCUGUCUCAAUUUGAACAAGGACUGCCCCAAACUGAGUUAUUAAACUUGGUGUCUGCAUUGGUACUGCUA